AUGAGACCUCGCCAACAAAGGAGCUUCUCAACACGAGAAUUCACCAACUUGCGACUUUCGAAUCAAUGUAUUGAAAGAUCGUUUCGUCUCAUGAAGAGUUUUGCACCUUAUCCUCCGAGGCGGAUGGAAACCAAAGAUUUAAUCGCUCUUCGUACCAACUGCGGAAUACCAAAGGAGGUUGAGCUUAUUCUUUCCGUGGCCGGUGAGUCUCUCGAACUCGAUAAAUCCGAGUUUUGUUGCAGCUACAAAAUUUACUUCAAAGAGUGUGGGCUUUGUUUCUCGAUUUUCGAGAUCCUCACUCACUUGAUGUGUGAACUCGGCGUGGCUCUCCCUCAAUUGUGCCCGAACCUCAUCCGGGAAGUCAUUGGCUUGCAAACUUUAGCCAUGAAUUACAGGUUGCCACUUGAGGUUCCCUCCUUAGCUCGCGUAUGCAUGAUUCGUAAGAGUUUUGGCUGCAAAGAGAACUUCAACAUCGUUAUCGAGGAAGAGUAUCGCGUUUUAUCCGAUCGUCCUUCUAAGGAUCAGAAAUGGAAAAACGUUUUUUUUUCUGUUAAUGAAUUUUUCUUUAGGAGUCUAACUACUCUAGUCAACACCGAUUGGUCCUCUAGCAUUGCGGCUUUGCCGAAAACCGCAAAUACGAUCGAGGUUGACAUCUUUUUAGAUUUUUUACGUCUUGAGGAUAUGUCUUGGCCUUCGAGUACUCAAUGUCGAAUCUCCGAAUCCGCAACGCGGUUUCGAACUUACGGACUAUAUGAUCCAAAUUGCCAAGGCUACCCAUCUCGCAAAUUAAGAAAGAUGUUGCUAACCUACCGUAAACAACGCAAGACCCAGAUGCUGCUUGAGACGGCUACACCACCGGGAGUAGAACCUUUCCAUUGCGGGGACUUUGAAGUCACCCGAAAAAGCUGUGUCGCCAAUCCAGGGAAAGUCCUUGGAGCAGUUCCUCCAUCUGCAGCUAACUUGGUCUCGGCCUUACCUGCCGAGGUCCCCUCUUGCCGAGCUGCCAAGAGUUCCCACGUUCGGACGGUGACCUCAACUGCUCUACAAAGUUUGGGUGACAGAAACACUGAUCAGUGUUCCCAACUUGCUAAGGAUGGUAAGAAGAAAGCUCUUGAUAUUGGAUCCCGAUCCCAAAUGAAGAUCCUGCUUCCGCAACUCACUUAUUUAGGCACUUCAAAAACCGGGAUGCUCACUCCCUCCGGUGAAAGAUCUCAUCCGGAGGAUCGUCUCCUUGCGACCUUUAACAAGACUGUCUCCGCGUAUCAGGCUCGUCUCCAAGCCGCUUCCACCUUGACUGAGCUUAUCAAGGCGAAUACUAUCAUCACCUCCCUCAAGUCUAAGUUAGAGAGUUCACAUGAUGUAGCAACGAAGAAUGCCGAAGCUCUCCGCCUUAGUGACGAGCGUCUUACUCGUGCUAAGUUGCUAGAGCACAAACUCAAGGACGCCGAUGUCACCCCUAAGGCUCAACUCGUGGAAGUGGAAAAGAAGUCCAAAGUGCUAGCCGAGACUCACGAGUUAGAUUUGAAAGUUAUUACGCGUGAAGCGAGAAAGGACCUUGCUAUCAAGUUCAAGGCAACCCUCGACUUGGUGAAAUUGCACCUAGCGGGAAGAGACGCAAGACACGAGCCUCUUAUCAAGGUCUCUGAGACAAAGGUUAACAUUGAGCUUCUUGAAAUCAUCAUCAAGGGUGAGUUUAAGGAUUUCCAGGCUGAACUAGAUGUGGAUAAAUAUGUGAACGAUCUUGUCGAAGCCGAGGUAAGAGUUCCUAAGCUCAAUCUGUCUCAGAUGGAGCUUCUCAUCUCCAAUAAUUCUCUCGAGAUCGCCACUACCUCGGAGCUUGUUGAGUCUACUCAGCCUUUUGAUGAUUCGACACUAAUGCAGGUUCACUCCUAG